UGGGGGGAAACUAACGAAUCAAGAAUGUGUAUUCCAAUUUCCACAUGACUACAUAAUUAAAUGGAUGAUCUCCAAAAUAUAACAGCGAAUGGUGAAACCAUAUGCAAGGAGAUGAAAGUGAACAAGAAAGAGACAAUGGAAAAGGAAGAAGAAGAGGAUCGUAGAAGAGAAGCUGCAAUGGCAUCCUCAUCGUGUCUCCGACCCAAUUUUAACCCUAAAGGCAUUACCCAAGACCAACUCUCAAAAUUUCGUCUACACAAGAGGCGCUUGCAACUGAAGUCAAAAUCAAAGUUCAAAACGAAAUCCAAAGAUGGGGCCAACAAAAAGUCACAUGGUUAUGGUUUAUCAAGCCAAAACAGUGUAACUCAAGGUUCAAAUGUUGAUCACAGAGAAUCAAGGUUGUGGAAUGAUUGUGAAGGAUUUGAUUCUAGAAUUGAAGACUCAAAGGAUGAUGUACCUGUGAUGUCUGAACCAAAGAAGCAAAAGUUACAUUGGGGGCUUGACACUAAGAACAGGUGGGAGAGGAAAUCUAACAUGUAGAUAUCAACAUGGAACUGAAGUGAGGAAUCUGUGAAAUUUGGUUAAACUGAUUAUGAAAAAGGGUAUUAUUCGAGCCAAAACACCAUGGAAGUGCUCAAGAGUCAAGAGUCAAGACAUUAUGUUGUAGUUGCACAUGCUAAGAGAAGAUCAGUUAUUCAUGUUUUGUGGCUUAAAAGAUGGCAUGAUUUUCAUUGAUAUCAGUAACAUUUGCCUUGGUUGUUUAUAGCAAAUAAUGUUGGUAAAUACGACGGAGCUAAUGUUAUAUUUGAUAUAUUAGCAUUACCAAUAGUGUAUCCUUCAAAGAAACUGUUUGAUCUUUAGACUGAAAGAUAACUUAGAAUUUUUGGUUUAAGGUUCUUUA